UGAUACAUCAUUUAUCCUUGUUUAAUAUACAAUGCAUAACAAGGAUAAAUAAUGCAGCAUGCGCAUCAUGAAACGGAACGCAGCUUAAAACAGUUACAGAAUAUAGGCCCUGCGCUGUGCGAAGAAUAAUCUCGAGCAAAGUAGAUACCCAAUCCAGUAUAUCCAGUUACUUCUUAGCUCGUGAUUUAUUGGUUACACGUGAAGUCGAAGUAUGAACUGUCAAAAGAGCGCCGAUACCGCUCGUGAUGUCAUUUUUGGUGCCGCCUGAGUUAUUAGGUACUUGGAGUCUUGAGAGUGCUCAUGCGAACAAUUUGCACGUAAAUUGAUAUGGCAAUAGCAUAGUGUGGCGAUAACACCUAAGAAAACAUUUAUAACUGCAACAAGUAUUAAUUGUGAUUUUAACAAGCACCAUGGAGUGGUUAUUCGGCAAGCGUAUCACUCCUGAGGAAAUGCUCAGGAAGAAUCAAAGGGCAUUGAACAAAGCGAUGCGGGAUUUGGACAGAGAAAAAGUGAGAAUGGAACAACAAGAGAAGAAAAUUAUAGCGGAUAUAAAGAAACUUGCAAAAGAUGGACAAAUGGAUGCUGUGAAAAUUAUGGCUAAAGAUCUGGUCAGAACAAGGCGUUAUGUGAAGAAGUUUAUGUUGAUGAAAGCAAAUAUUCAAGCAGUGUCACUAAAGAUACAAACCCUACGUUCCCAGAACACGAUGGCACAAGCCAUGAAAGGAGUAACCAAAGCGAUGCAAAAUAUGAACAAACAACUAAAUUUGCCUCAAAUACAGAAAAUAUUACAAGAAUUUGAAAAACAAUCAGAGAUAAUGGAUAUGAAAGAAGAAAUCAUGAACGAUGCGAUAGAUGAUGCAAUGGAAGAUGAAGGAGAUGAAGAAGAAAGUGAUGCUGUAGUUGCACAGGUGUUGGAUGAGCUGGGUCUACAGUUGACGGAUCAACUCUCUGGACUACCGCAAGCAUCUGGAUCGCUAAGUGUAGCCGGUUCUAAGCAACCAGUCGCCGCUGCAGCGGGUAACGAAGAAGGAGCAGGCAAUCUUGCGGAUGCUGAUGCGGAUCUACAAGCUAGAUUGGAGAAUUUGCGACGCGAAUAAAUCAAGAUUAUAAUAUUAUUAAUUAGAUAAUGUAUAAAAAGUGUAAAAAGAA